AUGGUUUGGAAUCUCGUCGCCUUCUACCAUUGUAUAACUGAUAACAUACCAUUUCCUGAAUUUACAUAUACUUAUGAAUUUAACUCAGUAUCCAGAGUUGGGAGCAUAACUGUAACAACAGUAGACGCCCCGGUGAGUACCAGGGUCAGGUGGACAAAUACUACAGAUCUUGUGGCACCAAGACGUGACUUCAGACAAAGGAUACUAAAUGGUUCAUCAGUAAUAGACAAUCCCGCUACGUGGUAUGAAGACAUUGCUUUAGAUCUGGGUGAAGGUGUUCUGUUAGCAAGAUAUCCUUAUCCACCACCAGGGGCUGGUUAUAUGGCCUUCUAUAUCGAGUUAGAGUAUCUGACGCAGAACCUCGAGACAAUCAUCUUAACUACAGAGGCCAUUACUAUUCCCCCAACAUUUCCAUAUCCCGGCUGCCAGUUCGAGGAAUGUACUGGUACAUUGGUAUAGUUGGCAUAGCCUGUAUAACAUGGAAUAUACGUCUUCUCUUUCGUUAUUUGGAAUAAAUGAGUUGUAUUAAUUGCCGGAGAUAAAAGCAAAUGGAAACACA